CCCAGCUGACACCCUGGACAGGUCGCCAGUCUAUCACAGGGCUGACACGUAGACAAACAACCAUACACGCUCACACUUACUCCUAUAGACAGUUUUGAGUUUCCAUUCAACCUAAGCUGCAUGCCUUUGGACUGCGGGAGGAAGCCGGAGUACCCGGAGAGAACCCACCCACGCAGGCACAGGGAGAACAUGCAGACUCCAACCUUCUUGCUGUGAGGUGACACCAUGCCAAAUGUUACUGUGUAUUAUUUAACAUCGAUUAGGGAGUGGAGCCUUUAAGUCUUUUAUUUAGCAUCUCAGUCAAAUGUCAGGUCAAAUAUGUCAACCACAUUUCAUAUCACUUCUUAUACUCUUAACUCUAAACUGUAGUUAAGAAGUAGUUUAUAUGAUUUAGUUAAUUAAUGAUGAGUAAAAACUUUAUAAGUAGGCUGGAUUUGAACCUACAACCAAGCUGGUGCAGCUGGUUCCAGAUGUUUAGCUUUGUCAGUUGGAUGUAAUGACUAUAACCAGGGUAAGACUGAAGUAAAUGUAAAAUGAGUUUGUAUUCCAUCUGGAUUUCCACAGGCCCAGCAAUGCUUCGUGUCAGACUGAACUGACAUCAUGAGGCGGAGGAUACUGGUGCAGUCAGUUCGCUGAACUCCAUAAAUGUGUAUGGAGGAUGUGGUUCUGCACUAUCAGCCUGGAUCAGCUGCUGGGCUCAGCUCUCUGUUAGAGAGGGCAGAGAAACUUCUGGAACCUUUCCCCUGUCGGACUCCUCUGGUCUUUACCCCCUGGUUCCCCACCUCCACCGCAGGCCACCGGCUGCCUAUCAGACCUGCCAAACCUGCUCCUGUCAUCACCUUCUCAGGUGAUAUAUUUGUCUCUGAUAACAGGCUGCUCACUGACACAGCUGCAGCAAAGGUUAAAACCCUCUCAGAAAGCAGACUACAACCCAGUGAUGACAGCUUUGUUCCUGAGAAACGUCAUGAUCGUCCACGUGCAGGGACAAUCAGAACUACACCUGUAAAUCCACAAAAAAAUAAAGAUGCCGCCUGUGUUCCUCCAACAUCAGAUCACCUCCUCCCCGCAUCCCUCUGUGACAAACCAGAGAGAGGUGUCACCAGACUCUCUCCUAAAAAAUGGACACAAAACAACAAAGAUGGCUUCACCAUCACAGACUCGCCCAUCAGACGGUCCUGGAGUGUCUUUACUCAGAGAGGAGUCCUGCUGCAGAGCUCCCAGUCUCUGUCCAAGCAGUUCCAUCACAUGGUGUCCACCCACAGGCUCCACCUCCGCCAGAGGGUCAAGUGGGUGAUCAGUGAGCACAACUGUGGAGCGGCCAGAGGCAUUGAACAGGUGUGGCACACUGUGAGCCGGUCCAUCCAGAGCUCCAGGCUGCCAACAUGUAACGCCAACAUCCAGAGAGAGCGGGCGGAGAUCUGGGUGUUCUGUGAUGUUCUCUACUCGGAGCAGGUGGGGCGUUUCCUGAAGGAUGAACUGCAGCUGUCAGGGAGGAUUAGCUUGUCGGUUCGCACACUGGGAAACAUCUUCAGCAUGUAGAGAAGGAUAAGGUCACUUAGGGUUUUACAAAUAUAACAAACAGAUUUCCAGGUUUAGAUAUGAUUACUAUUUAUUGUGUGUCUGUAAUAAACACUGUAGCCACAGGGGGGCGGUGACAGCACUCUCCAGCCAGUCUUCUUUUGCCAUUUUAACAAUAAACAGUGAGCAUGUUCACAUGCACAUUAGUAUCCUGGUUUGAAUCCUACUCCGGGUGUGACAUUAACAUUGACCACCGGUUAUUUAACUUCCUGUUUACAUGAUCACAUGCAGGUCUGUCUCCUACAGUAUGUCUACGUCAGCCACGCCUGCCUUUCUGCACCGAGUGACUUCAUCAGCUGAGGAUGGACAAAGAAACUGUUGGACUGUGAAGAAUGUUAAUACUAAAACAUCUGUGCUCAUAUUUUUUUUUAAUUGAAACAAAGUAACACAUUAACAAAACAGUACCGAACAUGGGAGACAAGACAAC